GCUAUAGUAGUAAAUAAGCUAGUUAUGUUUUGCAUAGCCGAAAUCCCGCCAAACGGCCAGCUCACACGGAACAACCGCAAAGAAGACAGCGAGGAGAGAGAGCCAUGCUCAGCCGGCAGCAGAGCGGAUCUCUUUCGGAAAAGUCCCGUUGGCCCGAAAACGAGCGCGAGGCGUGGCGAGAACGUCGAGCGACCGUAGCGAGAGAAGGAGUCGAUUCUGGGAAGUGAGCGAAGACGGAACGUCGCGGACAUCGAAGUGAAGAGAUAAAGAAAAGUGUUGAACGGCCGCGCGCCAGAGAGGAGAGAAAAGCAUGGAGGAGCUGCGGGAACACAGGCGCCGGAUCCGCGGCUCAUCGAAUGCGAGAGACCCCCGCCGACGGAGAACUACGACAAAAGCCAGGCCGGAGCCCCCAGUCGACUGGGAGAUCAUCGAGGAACUGAUUCUUCGCCCCACUCCGCGAGAAUUCCAAGUCCACCCAGAGGUCCUCAGCUGGGAAAAUUUAUGCGGCGACGUCGUAAGCUGGCCCCGCAUCGACCAGAUCAUCGAGGGGCACGAUUCAGACCCCGAUCACGUCAAUAUUACAGGAGACGUGGCCCAGACGUACAGGGACCCAAGCCCUGGCAACGCCGCCAGAGCCACGUUCACCCAUGCUCAGGGCCCCAGCCAGGUCAACCCCGACCAGGUCGCCGAAGAGCACGCGCAGGGCCCUGGACACGCCACCGUAGGAGAAGCAGCCGACUACACCGCUCCGGGUCCGAGCCCCGACGAGGGGGCAGAGGCCAUCACUAUCCCUGACGGGCUGCCAGGUGCCACCGCACGCGGAUACCGCCAGCAAUUCGAGCCGACGGAGUUCGAAAAAGAGGUGCUCCGCUGGGAAGAGCCACCGCUUCCGGCACUCUUCGGGGCCCUUGAUACGCUCAACCUUCUCGAACGGAUAGACGGGUUGGACAUCGCCCCCGAAGAUGCAGGACUACCGGCCGUCAGCAACUUUGACGCCAUUCUGGGUCCCGUGGACAUCGCCCCCGAAAAUGCAGGACUACCGGCCGUCAGCAACUUUGACGCCAUCCUGGGUCCCGAAGACAUCGCCCCCGAAGAUGCAGGACUACCGGCCGUCAGCAACUUUGACGCCAUCCUGGGUCCCGAAGACAUCGCCCCCGAAGAUGCAGGACUACCGGCCGUCAGCAACUUUGACGCCAUCCUGCGUCCCGAAGACAUCGCCCCCGAAGAUGCAGGACUACCGGCCGUCAGCAACUUUGACGCCAUCCUGCGUCCCGAAGACAUCGCCCCCGAAGAUGCAGGACUACCGGCCGUCAGCAACUUUGACGCCAUCCUGCGUCCCGAAGACAUCGCCCCCGAAGAUGCAGGACUACCGGCCGUCAGCAACUUUGACGCCAUCCUGCGUCCCGAAGACAUCGCCACCGAAGACGCAGAGCUACCGGCCGUCCGCGAUCUGGACGCCAUCCUACAUAUCGACGGCGGCCGUCCGGAGAUACCAGAAACGUCGACCCCCAACCCAGCCGUUCGUUGGGUGACUGGGGAGGCGGAUUGGAGAGUACGUACGCCCGACGGCCGGCUGCCAGACACCCUGAAAGCCCGGCUCCUGGCACAACUCGUCAACCCGCGGCGUAAAGAUGUCCGAUUCUUGGCAGAGGCGGACAACACCUUCUUCCAGGUCCACAUCAGCAAGACGAGCAAAGUGACUAUUCGCUCACGGGCCCCCCGAAGUAAGGAGAGGGUGUGAGGACCCAUACUGGGACCCUCACAUAGUAACAAGGGUUAAUAAUAAUAAUAAUAAUAAUAAUAAUAAUAAUAAUAAUAAUAAUAAUAAUAAUAAUAAUAAUAAUAAUAAUUGUAUUAGUCACAAUCAUAUGCUAUAGUAGUAAAUAAGCUAGUUAUGUUUUGCAUAGCCGAAAUCCCGCCAAACGGCCAGCUCACACGGAACAACCGCAAAGAAGACAGCGAGGAGAGAGAGCCAUGCUCAGCCGGCAGCAGAGCGGAUCUCUUUCGGAAAAGUCCCGUUGGCCCGAAAACGAGCGCGAGGCGUGGCGAGAACGUCGAGCGACCGUAGCGAGAGAAGGAGUCGAUUCUGGGAAGUGAGCGAAGACGGAACGUCGCGGACAUCGAAGUGAAGAGAUAAAGAAAAGUGUUGAACGGCCGCGCGCCAGAGAGGAGAGAAAAGCAUGGAGGAGCUGCGGGAACACAGGCGCCGGAUCCGCGGGUGAGCUGGCCGAUGGCCAAUGUAGUAGUAGGAGUAGGAGGGAGUGCGAGGGGAACCAAUCCAAUAAAACUUCGAUCAUAGAAUUAAGAACGCGUUGGCUUCCAUUUAUUUUCUCUGGUCGGACCACCGACUGCGGUCAUCUCUCCACCCCCUCCCCACCC